CGAUUGGUAAAAUGUUAAUAACGUCUGUAGGACACAGCCGGACAAGAACGGUACAGGACAAUAACUACAGCGUACUACCGAGGAGCGAUGGGCUUUAUCCUCAUGUACGAUAUAACAAACGAAGAAUCAUUUAACAGCGUACAAGACUGGGUGACCCAAAUUAAAACGUAUUCAUGGGACAAUGCGCAGGUGAUUUUGGUGGGAAACAAGUGCGACAUGGAGGACGACCGAGUGAUCAGCUUUGAAAGAGGCAAGCAAUUGGCCGAACAGCUUGGAGUGGAGUUUUUUGAGACUAGCGCGAAAGAGAACAUCAAUGUGAAGGCCGUUUUCGAGCGCCUGGUAGACAUCAUUUGCGACAAGAUGUCCGAUAGUCUGGACACCGACCCCACUCUAAUGUCCGGGUCUGGUAAGGGACAGCGACUGACUGACGCUCCUCAGGGCCCUCAAACCGGCAACUGCAACUGUUAAUACUGUUUUUUUGGAGUGUUGGAGUUUAGUGUUCUGCCGAGCGAUUGCUGAACACUGCGAGCGUGUACAACUAGAAUUGGGGGAAAGAGUAAAACCAGUUUUCUUUUCAGCUUUAGUGCAGUUUUAGCAAUACUGUUGUUGGAUCAUUUGACCAAAACACCCAGUUCAAUUCUGACCUAUUGAGACUGACUCUAAGGCUCUUUGAUCGUUAACGAUUAUCCAACGAAACCAGUUUGAUCCCAAAAAGGUUUUUUCCCAGUUUGGACAUGCACGCAUUUAUUUGUUACCCAUAGGAGUUCAAUAAAGUGACUAACUAUAACAGAAAUCGCGUCAAUAUUAAUUAAUGUACUUUCCUACCUAAUAGCCUGUACAUUUCGUAACACAAGCCAGAAAAGACGCCGUUUGAGAACUAGAAUUUGUAACCGCAACCUCUAAACUAACAAAAGUAGCCCGUAGUGCGUUAGUCUAAUUUUUGUAUGCUUCAGCAGCUUUUUUCAUGAACUGUUUAGCAGUUUAUGAAAAAUCGAAAGACCGACGUAGAUCAAUCAUUGUUAAACUGUUUCUUGUUGGCUCACUUUGAUUGAUUCAGUUCGACAUGUAAAAUCAAUUUUUCAAUCUGUGUUAUAACAUAUCUCUAGGCCUAGCCGGCAACCAUGCAUUGUUUGAAAACUAUUGGAUAUCUAUAUAAGCUUAGUGUAUCUAUAUGUAAAUGUUUGUUUAGGGUUUGUUUAGGGCAAAGUGCGGGCAGUGCAAAUGUUCGCACUUUGCGCUCCGCUCUGCAAGUUAUGUGCAUUUUGUGUAAUUAUUUAGACGAGUCAAAUAAAUGUGAAAUGUAAAUAGGAUUUAUAGAUAGGAAUGUUAAAUAGUAUUAGGGAUAAACCUGAUUCAAUAACUUCUUUUAUUAAGUAGCUGCGAACAGACCGAGACUUUUUCAACUGCAAUUCGAGCUUUAUUCCAAGUAACUUAGUGCUUGCGCGAUGUUGCUGACUGUCGUGAACAAUCGCUGUUACUUUUCCUAAUCUUCCACCUCCCGUUGGUCUAAAUGGCAAUUUUCCUCAGGUCAAAAAAACGAAAACAAACAACAAGCCGUUGCUGGAAACAGGUGAUUUGAACACUUUCCUGAGACCCAGGAAAAACUCUCUAGUUUCUUGCAACUUUGGUGAGAAACUGGCUUCUUGCCGUUUUGCUUGCAUAAAACCACAUCAUCGCACAWCUCGCCUACGAUUAAGCCUCUUAUGGCCAUAACUGUUAACWGUUACUCAGACAGUCAGCCCCGGCUUACUAAAGAAACCUUCUGUAGCUUAAGGASUUAGUGACGUMCGGCUGUAUAUUGAAGAUAUUGCAUGUAACUGAUUCAUAAUCGAUGUGUGACUGACUGGCGUCUCGACACAAACAACCUUGUGGGAAAAUCAAUUGUAUAUUACUUUAUGACUUAGUGGAAAAUAAACUCAUUUCUUGCAAA